CUUAACUGUCGUUGACACAAAAUCUUUUCUUCACAUUCCAUCCAUAAAUAUGGUAUAGGCUCCCUCCAACGUACAAAGCCAACAAAAUUAAUAUCAAACUCGUUUUUAAAAAAUAUUUCUUCAAAUAGUUAACGAUGUACCAAGCACUUCCUUACAAGGCAUGGCACACAACAAAUUUAUUUCCUACAUCGUCAUCCUUGAAUGAUCAUGGAAGCUCAUCGUUGUCGAAACGGAUGGUGGUGAAGGAGGAGAGUAUAGAUAUUAAGAGCCUAGUUGAUGAAAAUGCAGUGAUAGUAUUUGGACGACGUGGGUGUUGCAUGAGCCAUGUGGUACGACGUUUGCUACUUGGCCUUGGAGUUAGUCCUGCUGUUUAUGAGGUUGAUGAGCAAGAUGAGAAAGUGGUUGUAGGUGAGAUUACGAAAGUGGGGUCCAACUGUGGUGAUAGUGACAAUCCGGUGAGUUUUCCGGCAGUGUUUAUUGGUGGCCGGUGGUUUGGUGACUUGGAUAGGGUGAUGGCGACUCAUAUUACUGGCGAGUUGACUCCUAUUCUUAAAGAUGCAGGGGCCUUGUGGCUUUGAAGUAUGGGCAAUUGAAGAAGAAGAAACUACCCUUCUUUGGGAGGUUUGUUUUUGUAUUUAUUGUAACUGAUUUCACCUAAACCAUAAAUAUUAUUAUCAUAUUUAGAUUUUAACAAUGAUUUAGUAGUAAGAAAAUAUUUCUUCUCUAAUAGGAAAAUGGAAGAUAAUUCAAAAAAGAUAACAACUCUGUGAUAAAAUGAGCUUUUGUGAUAUAUACUGCCGUGAUUCUAGUGUGA